CAACCAACCAAGUAAGUAUAGAGUUACAUCAAACUUUAAAUGGUUUUAUUUAUCUAAAAAUUAAAAUGCAUGAUCAAGUAAUUUUUACUCAGUCACUUAUCCUGGCCCUACAAAUUUACUAACACAUCAAAAAAUAGUGAAAUGAACUAAUACAUUAAACUCAAUCUUGUCUCAUGAUUGUUGAGUAUAAUCAUGCCAGAUUAGGAAGAUAUUUGAGAUUUAGCGAUUAACCAAACUUACAAAAACAAAUUUCAUAAAACCGGUAACUUAUUGUUUGCACCAAAUAUCGUUGCUUUAUGAUAAUUUCUAAAAAUUGAUACUAAGUUAAAAUUUCACAUCCCUUCUAAAUAUUUAGUAGUAUGCAAUAUUCAAAUGAAUGAUAUUUGGGUUGUUGUUUUAAGAUUAUGCUCCAUUUAUAAGAUAUACAAUAAUUAUUAUUGGACUAAAAAUAAAUAAUAAAAAAUGAAAAUCAAAGUAUCAAAUAUUAGAAAAUACUUAACGGAGACUUAGUGGGCUAGCUAACCAUGAUGAAAAAGUCAUAUGAUUUCCAAAAAAAUUAUUCUUGUAUAUUUUUUAUUUAAAAAGAUACGACAAAUUUGUUUAGUCUAAUUAGUUAUGAUAUUUAUCUUUGUUAGAAAAGACCAAGGUUCAAAUCUUGACAUUGAUAUAUUUUUCAAAUAAGAAAUAAACAAUUGCAAUGAUGAAUGUUCCCUUCCUAUUUUCACUCUUUGCAAGGAAUUUGAAAUGGAAGAAAAGUAACAACAACUUAUCGAAAAACUCUCUCGUUUAGCGAGAGCUGGUAGAACGGCGGAAAUCCUAGGUUUUUCGGGUGGCGCCUUUUAGGCGGCGACUGAUCUUAGUGUGGAUGACGUAUUACUUGAGUGAAAGGAAUCCUUUCCUGCUAAGGACGAGAUCUCGAUUGCUACUGCGAAGUCUAUAAAGUCUUAAACACUAAGGUAUUUCUAGACCAUUGGCGAGGACGCGCUUAGGUUUUUAGCUCAACAUGACUCUUCUUCCUGCUGCUAACCUAAGUGUUUGACUGGAUUGAACAACAAGUUUCACAAGCAACAAAUAACAGAGAACGCAGACAACGAUAAUCAUGGACAUAGGGGUGCCUUCAAGGGAGCUAGCGGAAAUUCAAAGCACUGCGGAAAGCCUGGAAGUUCAACUUGAUCAUAUAACAUUGGAAGAUGAGGACGAUGCCCCUCUGGAGGUGGAUGAUGGGGACGUUGAUGUGUUUCGUAUGGAGGCAGGUCGCAGGCUGGGCUUGAUAGGACGUCUAGUAGCUGAAAAACAACCAAAUAUCAAGUAACUCAAAUGCAGGUAACUGAUCUGAGAGCCAUGCUCUUUGCGUUUCAGUUUUUGGAUGUGGAUGAUCAAGAUAGGGUUUGUUUUGGAGGCCCUUAGCAUUAUAAAAACAAUGCUAUGGUGUUCACGACAAGCUUGUUGAUUAAAAAACCAGUUCCUGAAGCCCUACACAUGUUAGAUAUGUGGAUUCAGAUUAAAGAAUUCCCGGCUGAGCUCAGAACAAAGACAAUGGCGAAGAAAAUUGCUAAUAGAUUCGAAUCUCUAGUCUAGUUUGAUGACGGUCCUAGGUCAAUGUGGGACUCCUAUAUGCGUAUAAGGGUGAGCUUAUCUAUUCAUAACCCUCUAAAGAAAAAGAUUAAGCUCGAUAUAAAGGGGAAGUUGGUGGAAUACAUGGUAAAGUACGAGAAAUCACCUAUUUGUUGUUACUCCUGUUGUCGAAUUGGCCAUCCAAAGCUGCGCUGCCCUAACCCUUCUGGACUGGAACCGAUCCAUUUGGAAUGGAACUGAGGACUGGAACGCCAGAACCUAGGAACUGGCUGUCUCACUCACUGGAAAAAGAGGAUGCAGAAAUAUGGGCGUCACUGAGAAAGAAAUUUGAUUGAGAAAGCACAUAAUCAAAUUCUGAUAAUGAAGUACCUCAUGCGGAGGAAAUUGCAGAAAAAGAACAUAUACCAGGCAAAGUAGAUAGUGAGAAGGAGGAUGAAAUGAGAAAUAAUAUAGAGCCUAACCUGGUUGAAGAACAGAUUGAAGAAGGAGAUAAGCCACAAGUGCAAGACAGAAGCAGCAAACUGCCUUUUCCAAAUCCACAUUUGGGACAUUUGGGAAUGGGAGGAGCACUAAAUCAGUUCGUUAUGAGAGCAAUUUUUAAUGAAAUGGAAAGCAAACAAAAGAACAAUGUCUGGCGAAGGAUGGAUAAGACCAAACAACAUAUACCUGUGUUUGUUCCUCCCCAAGUGACGCCACAAAAAAGAACUGCACAGAACGGCGGGAGUGAAGGAAUUCAAGACAAUGGCAAGGACCUGCAAGCAAAUUAAGCCAAAGUUUUGAGUUUCUCAAUACUAGAAGAGAAUGCACAAGCAGACAUUACCAAAAACAAAAAGGAUGGCGAGGUGGCAACUCUGCCAGGGAGUAGAGCCACCCAGCUCAAUGAUUUUGUUGAGCUACAACUGUCGAGGUCUCGGGAAUACCCAGAAAGUUGAAAAAGUUAAGAUGUUAUUAUGUCAAACAAAUCCCGACGUUGUAUUUUUGAUGGAGACAAAUCAAUAUGAGGAUGAAUUGAAAAGAAAAAUUAAAGAGUUUGGGUAUUUUGAUGGAAAAGGAGUGGCGGCCGGGGAGAACAGAGCUGGAGGGCUUCUGUUGAUGUGAAAAGAAGAUGUAUCCAUAGAGGUCAAGGGAUGUGACCUCUAUUUUAUUGAUGCAAAGAUGUAUCCAUAGAGGUCAAGAUGAACUGGCCACACUUUCAUAGGCCAACAAGAGGUAACUAACUGCUUGGUCAGCUAUAUGAAAGGGUUAUUCGCAAAGGGAAAAAGAAGGGAGGUGAGCAAGAUCUUACACAUGGUUACUCCCAGAGUAACCUCAGAAAUGAAUCAAUCCCUGCUGGAACCCUUUACGGAGGAAGAAGUACGAAGGGAUUUGAAACAAAUUGGACCCAAAAAGGCUCUAGGGCCAGAGGGGAUGUUGGCUUGGUUCUUUCAGAAACACUGGAAUAUUGUUGGGACUACUGUCCUGAGUGAUUACGUGGGUAUCUAGAGCUCAGGGAGUUUCCUAUGUAGCUGAACAAGACCCUAAUAGCGCUUAUACCAAAGAAAAAUAACCAUGCCACUCCCUUGUAUUUCAGACCCAUAAGUGUUUGCAAUGUUCUUUAUAAGAUCCUCUCUAAAGUACUAGCAAAUAGACUCAAAAGGGUUAU